AUGGAUACUCCAGCUCCUCACCAAGAAAAAACAAGAAAUGGGAAGGGCCAGACCAAGAUAGACGAGGAAAGAUCACCAUUAGUGUAUCGUACCUUGGAAGUUCUUCAGGUGGCAUUCAGGCAACUGGGAGUCGACCUUCAGCGCAAGCCGAAUAUUAACAUCAGGCAGCUACUGAUGCAUGUGAGAUUAGAGACUUCAGUUUCAAAACAAAGGGUUCCAUCUGAACCAACAAAGAUGAAUAAGGAUGUUAUUUAUGGGUCAACUAUUGGUAUCCUUAGCUUGAUGCUUGUUCUCAGUAUCAUUUUCAGUACUUGGGAACGCCGCAAAUGUGAGAGGGUUGAUCGAACGAAGGAAUUGAACUCGAGCUUCAUGGUCAUCAAUAUUUACACGACUCUGAAUGAAGUCAGAUCUCAAGAUGGGGCAGAUGGAAACCCAACAGCAAAUUACUCAGAAAUGAAAAAGUACGCUCCCCUCCAUCCAAGUACGCGCUCAUGGGAAGUUGCAAGAGGAAAUAUAACAAUUGAAAAGAUCAUUGGAAAAGGUGCCUUUGGUCAAGUCGCCCAAGGAAAAGCUAUAAGCCUUCACGGGAGAGAGGAAUCAAUAACUGUUGCCAUAAAGAUGCUGAAAGGUAACGCCACAGACACAGAGGGAAAAGAUUUGCUUCAGAAGCUCGAAAUUCUGAAAAAACUCGAACCUCAUCCUCACGUUAUCAAACUGCUGGGAUGCGUCACUGUAUCAGAUCCUCUGCUUGUAAUAUUCGAGUAUAUUCCUAACGGAGAUCUUUUGGGUUACUUAAAGAAGAGCCUAAAUAUCGACGAUGAUUACCACAAAGACCCGCAUGUUAAGCCACAGACAAGUUUGACUACCCUGCAGUUGAUGAAGUUUUCUUGGCAAAUAGCUGAUGGUAUGGAGUAUUUGUCGUCUAAGGAGAUUAUCCACCGCGACCUUGCAGCCCGCAAUGUCAUGGUUGGUGAGGGAGAGACAUGUAAGGUAACCAACUUUGGAAUGGCUCGAGACGUUGGCCGGGAAACAAAGGUAUCUGGAAAUCUAAUUUCGAAAUGGACGGCUUUUGAAGCACUCGAGAAUGGACAAUAUACCACGAAAAGUGAUGUGUGGAGUUUUGGAAUUGUGCUUUACGAAAUAUUCACGAUAGGUGGCUCGCCUUAUCCAUUUUUUGAUGAUCAAAACGUGACAGAACUACUUGGAGUGGGCUACAGAAUGCCAAGGCCACAACAUAUGGAUGAUGAAGUGUACAAAAUCAUGCUAGAUUGCUGGCAAGAGAAUCCCGAUAAUCGUCCAACCUUUGAGAAUCUUAGGAAAGACUUGAAGGAAAUGGAAUAUUAACAUCAGAGGUUUAUCAACAUGCAGUUCUGCGACAACAAGCUCUACGAGAACUUGGAUUGAGAUAUUUCUCAAAAAAGAGUCGGUAGCACAUCCAGCUAUGAAUGUAGGAGAAAAACUUUAGUUAGUCUUGCAACACUUACAACAACACGUUCUUUUUUCGGAGGGACGGACCAUGUAACAAACAGAUAAAACAAACAAAAAUGGCCCCUACAAAAUCGUUCACAUUUCAAAAGUAAAAGCUGGUACCAACUAAUUUGUGGCUAGUCGCCUGAGAUAUUUGUCCUAAUUCAAUGUCUUGCUAUUCUCCCAUUUUGAUGGUAGAUCUAGGCUAUUUUUUUUGGAGGUUUUCUU